GCCUCUGAGAGUCGAUUUUUUCUGAUGUGUGAUAGAGAUCGACGGUCUUUGUCUUUUGAUUUUUUAUAAAAAAAAGCUAAAUUAAAAAUUGUGCAUUAAAUGUGCUUUUGAAAGUUCACAUUCAUUGUCGGUUGUAACAAACGGAAAUGCACAUUUAGUCGCGAUUAUGGAUAUGGAUAAUGUGUAAACGUUUCAAACGCCGCACGGUACUUUUUUAGAGCUGUGCUUCGCUGAUUCUAAAUCUACAGAAUGGAACUUUUGAAACUUAUGAUGUUUAAAAGUGACUUUCUGUGCUCCGGUGGUGGAAAAUGUGAUGAUCGAGUACCACCAAUCAAUUUAAGUCAAUUGCCAGAAUUUUUAUUGUCUACUAUACCCAAAUGCGGAGGCUGUCAUGAACUUAUAUUAGACCGAUUUAUAUUGAAAGUGUUAGAGCGAACAUGGCAUGCGAAAUGUUUGCAAUGCAGCGAAUGCCAUACCCAACUAAAUGAUAAAUGCUUCUCCCGAAAUGGUCAGCUUUUCUGCAAAGAGGACUUUUUUAAACGAUAUGGAACAAAGUGUUCCGCAUGUGAUAUGGGAAUUCCGCCAACGCAAGUGGUUCGGAGAGCGCAAGACAACGUCUAUCACUUACAAUGUUUUCUAUGUACAAUAUGCUCUCGAACACUAAACACCGGUGAUGAGUUCUACCUUAUGGAAGAUAGGAAGCUUAUAUGUAAGCGUGAUUAUGAAGAGGCGAAGGCGAAAGGACUCUACCUGGAUGGCUCAUUGGAUGGCGAUCAACCCAAUAAACGACCUCGUACAACAAUAACGGCAAAACAAUUAGAAACGCUGAAAACAGCCUACAAUAAUAGUCCUAAGCCUGCACGACAUGUACGAGAGCAACUAUCACAAGAUACUGGACUGGACAUGCGAGUCGUCCAAGUUUGGUUUCAAAAUAGGAGAGCGAAGGAGAAACGACUGAAGAAAGAUGCUGGCCGAACACGAUGGAGCCAAUAUUUUAGAUCAAUGAAGGGAAGCUGCUCUCCGCGAACGGAAAAAUUCCUCGACAAGGACGAGUUAAAAGUAGACUACGACAGUUUUAGUCAUCAAGAUUUAAGUAACGAUAGCUACAGUACGGUCAAUCUAGGUUUAGAUGAAGGUGCUUCACCACAUAGUAUAAGAGGAUCAUAUUUGCACGGUAGUUCCAGUCCACCGCAAUACCCAACUAGUCGAUCACCACCGCCGGUGGGGCACAACCACUCGUUUGGUUCAUAUCCCGAUAACAUCGUUUAUACAAAUAUAGAUCAUAGUACAUCAUCGAAUAAUGUAUCUGCGGCGAAAACACAUCGAGUACAUGGUAGCGCAGUUUCGGAUUUGAGCAAUGAUUCUAGUCCAGAGCAGGGCUAUCCUGACUUUCCACCAAGUCCUGACUCCUGGCUGGGCGACUCAGGGAACACUUCGAAUCCGAAUUCGCAAACACCGGGCGUUCAUUACUGAUACUCGUACACACGCAUAUUGCUUAAGUAUUUGCAAAUGCGCAAUUACUCUUAUUGGCGCGCCAAACAGAAUGAUCAUCAAUUCAAAUUCACACACAAAAUCCUAUAACAUUAAAUAAUACUUGCUAUUACAUUAAUUAAAAUAUUGUAUGUAUUUGAAUUAUCAAAUU